AUGGCGACGGAAGCGGUCAAUUUCAAGGCCAAUGCUAGGUCCGGAGACUUUUCCGAUUUCACGAUCGUGUGUGGCGACAAAACCUGGCAGGUCCAUCGGGCAGUACUGUCUUGUCACUCUGUACAUUUCAAGACUUGCUUCCUGAGCAAGUACACCGAGGCUGAACAGGGUAGAAUGAAUCUCAAGGAAGAUCCGCCCGAGGUCGUGGACGCUAUGCUGCAGUAUUUCUACGGCUUUGAAUACAACCUCGAGAUUGAAAAGAACCCCACCGAGAACGACGAAUCUCUGCUCGAAAUGCACUCCAUGGUCUACGCCGUCGCCGAAAAAUACCAAGCUGCCGACUUGAAAGCAUUCGCCCGAGUCAAGUUUGCGACCGCGCUGGUUCGAGAUGGCCGCAGCAUUCUAUACGCAGUACCCCACCUCUUCGAAUCAACGCUCGAGACGGAUUUCGGUCUCCGCGAUAUUUGCUUUCUCUCCUACGCCAUGUCCAUCCAAAAGAAGAAAGAAGCUGGGGAUUGUGACGGGGGCAAUCUGGCUGGUCUGAUCAGUUCUUGCAAGCCUUGCAUCGACCGUGUUCCCUGCCAAGACAUUCUCCAAGAUUAUCUUAUUCUACCCUCCAAUUGA